CACAUUUCCAUGCUUGUUAACUUCCUGCUGAAGUUAUCGUAAACAUGGCGGACUGUAGAGAAGCAGAUGGACCUGAGAAGAAAGAUGACAUCGUACGCGCAAAAAAUGAAGGGAAGGAGUUGACCAAAGAGGAGAAGCAACGUCUGAGGAAAGAGAAGAAACAACAGAAGAAACAGAAGGAUGAGAAGGGCCCGUCAGAAAGAGCGAAGGAAAAGAAGCCUGUCGCUCCAUCACAACCUGUGCGAACACAACCCCCAACACAGAAAGCUCCCACAGUGUUACCUGCCUCUGCACCAAUACCUGUGCCUGCCUCAGGAGCUCCCUCCCACUCCUCUCCUGCCCCCUCCCCAGCAGACAAGCCAGCCAAAAGCAGAGCUGAGCAGAAGGCAGAGAGGAGAGCAAGGCAGGAAGCUGAUAGAACCUCUAAACAACAGAGCUGCUCCUCCAGCAGCAAGACCAAGGCCCCUCCAAGUGAACUAAACCCAGUGGUGAAGAGACUUCCGGAACAUGUUCAAGUGGACGACCCUGCAGUGGUGAAAAGACUGGCCAAGAAGUUGGAAAGACAACAGAUCCCUCUACGAUCCGACUACGGCUACAAAGUCAGCCUGUUCUCUCACCUGCACCAGUACAGCCGCAAAGCCCCCCUAACCCAGCAACUCAGUAUUCCCUCUACAGUGAUCCACCCCUCCAUUGUGCGGUUGGGUCUGCAGUACUCACAGGGUAUCGUGGUGGGAUCCAACGCUCGCUCUGUAGCCCUGCUCCACGCCUUCAAACAGGUGAUUAGGGACUACACUACUCCUCCUAAUGAGGAGCUGGCCAGAGACCUGGUCAACAAGCUUAAGCCCUAUAUCAGUUUUCUCAAUCAAUGUCGCCCCUUGUCGGCGAGUAUGGGCAACGCAAUCAAGUACAUCAAGAAAGAAAUCUCCAAUAUUCCCAGUCAGUUCAAAGAAGAGGAGGCGAAGACCAAACUGCAGAACUGUAUAGACCGUUACAUAGAAGAAAACGUAGUUCUGGCAGCCAAGGCGAUCUCUAAAUACGCCAUCGAGAAGAUCAGUGACGGAGACGUCAUUCUAGUGUAUGGAUGCUCGUCCCUGGUGAACCACAUCCUUUGCGAGGCAUACGAGAAGAGCAGGAAGUUCCGUGUGAUCGUUGUGGACAGCCGGCCUCGUCUGGAGGGAAGGGAGGCUCUGAGACGUCUCGUACAGCAGGGCAUCAGCUGCACCUACGUCCUCAUCUCAGCCCUCUCAUACAUACUACCUGAGGUAUCCAAGGUGUUCCUGGGUGCCCAUGCUCUGCUGGCUAAUGGCUACGUGAUGUCUCGUGUUGGCACAUCUCAGAUAGCGCUGGUGGCUAGGACCUUCAACGUGCCAGUCCUGGUCUGCUGUGAGACAUACAAGUUCUGCGAGAGAGUGCAAACUGACUCCUUCGUCUCAAACGAGCUUGAUGACCCCGAUGACCUGAUUGUGACCCGGAAGGGGAAGACCCAGCUGGAGAACUGGCAUGACGUCAGCUCCCUGGGGCUGUUGAACCUGGUCUACGACGUGACGCCACCAGAUUUUGUUGACCUGGUCAUCACAGACCUGGGCAUGAUCCCCUGUACCUCCGUUCCCGUUGUACUCCGGGUCAAAAACCUGGACCAAUAAGAGAGGAGAGGGGAGUAGGGGAGGACGUGGGGGGGUCUGAUGCAGACUGAUAAUGUAGACUUGAUCUGAUUGUGUUCUAGAAGAAGUGCUCGUCUGGCAAGUUAUAGGCUGUCUCAAAUGGCACCCUAUUCCCUAUAUAGUGCACUACUUUAGACCAGGGCCCUAUGGCACCCUAUUCCCUAUAUAGUGCACUACUUUUGACCAUGGCCCAUAAGGCUCCAGAGCCCAUAGAUCUCUGGUCAAAAGUAGUGUACUAUAAUAGGGAAUAGGGUGCCAUAGGGCCCUGGACAAAAGUAGUGCUUUAUAUAGGGUGGCAUUUUGUAAUGCACUAUGUUCCAAUGUCCAGUCUAGCAUCCGGCUUACAAUACAUAGGUUCUACCUGAUAAAUGGCUUCAUUCUUAGUAGCCAGUGUGGAUGUCUUACAAUACAUAGGUUCUACCUGAUAAAUGGCUUCAUUCUUAGUAGCCAGUGUGGAUGUCUUACAAUACAUAGGUUCUACCUGAUAAAUGGCUUCAUUCUUAGUAGCCAGUGUGGAUGUUGGAACGAGGCUUUAGACACAGUCUCUCCCCGCCUCAGUCUUUCUACAUGCUAGGCUACACACCCACUGUGAUAUCUGGCCCAAGUCAGACGUCAGAAGUGCCAAACAGCGAGUCUACUCUGCGCACACAUUCACACCUGUGCAUUUGGCAUUUUAAAUAAAUGUACAUCUGAAAUGGCUUUUUAAACAA